GAUGGCGGAGCCGGGGCCGGAUUGCAGCGCUCUGCUCGACGAGGAUCUUUCCUCCUUCGUCUUCAGUUACCUUGCUGACAGCCAGUACGAGGUGUCUGGCGAGGAGCACCUCUACUCUGACUUCCCUGAGAUUGACCUGUCUCAGCUGGACGCCAGUGACUUUGACUCUGCCGGCUGCUUCAACGAGCUGCACUGGGGCGGGGAGCACUCGGAGACUGACUCCAGCCAGUACAGCACCGACGACCCCGAGCUCUUCCAGAUAAUAGACAGCGAGAAUGAAGCGCUGCUGGCAGCCCUCACCGAGACUUUGGACGAUAUACAGGGAGAUGACAUGGGCCUGGCUGCCUUCCGAACUAUGGAAGAGGGGGACACGCUCAACCAUGCCUACACCUCGCCUGCCCCCUCCCCCAAACCCACCGCCCCGGUCACGGGGGGGCCACCCCCGGCCCCCGAGUUUGAUGAGCUGUCUCUACUGAAGAAGUUGCUCCUCUCUCCGUCGCAUGUGCCUCCGGGCUGUGAGGCUCAGCGGGACGGGAGCACCCGGCGCCCGGGGACCCCUAAGUCCCGACCUGCACGGCCCUGCACAAAGGUGGAGGGUCCCCGGGACAGAAGGGCGAGCGUCCCACAGGCACAGAGCCGCAGCUGCACCGAGCUGCACCGGCACCUCACCUCCACCGCCCCCUGCCCCCAGACCAAAGCCUCCCGGGCUCCUGAGGAGUGCCCCAGUGGCCACCACCACCCCUCCCCAGGCGGCUGUUCGCAUCACGAGGACGACAGUGACUCCAGCGAGGACUCGCUGAGCUCCGGCGGCUCCGUGACGCCUCCGUCCUCUGCAGAGGAUGGCUCCCGCAGCCAGUUCUCCUGCGAGGGGGAGAUGCACUCAGUGGUGGAGCUCAUCCGUUACAUGCACACCUACUGCCUGCCCCCACGGAAGCUGCCCGACGCCAAGCCCCAGCCCUGCAGCAGCCCCUUCAAGAGAGUCAAACCAGACUGCCCAGCACAGCUGGGCCCCCCCGGCAGCACCCAGAGCCGGCCGGGCUGCGCCUGGCAGGCGGCCAGCAGCCGCAAGAAGCCUGGAGCAUCCUUCUCCAUCCUGAAGGAGCUGCUGGCACAGGACCUGCUGUGUGACGUGAGCAAGCCAUACCGCCUGGGCAAGCCCGUGUACGCCGCCCUGGCCUGGCCACCCGGCUCCUCCUCCCCUGUUCCCCCAGCCCAGGAUGGGGAGGAUUCCGGUGGGACCUGCACGUCCAGAGCCAAAACAGCCCUGGAACUGGGCGAGCCACGGCAGAGCCCCGAGGCAGAGGCAGCGCGGGAGCCAGGUGGCCUCGAGGAUGAUGCGGGGAAGGGUGCGGGCAGCCCCGGCACAGCCGCGGGGAAGGCGGGCCGCAAGCAGGACAGCACCCUGUACGCCGUCCGACGGUCCAAGAGACUCAACCCUGGGCUUGGCCACUGGCUCUCCUUCCUUGACGAGCCGCCCUCCGAGCCCUCUGUGCCCCGGGAGGCGGGGGACAGCUGUGGGCCCUGGGAUGCCCUGGCCUGCAGUGAGCCCGCACCGUGCCCGGCGCUGGACGGCUUCUCUGCUGAAGAGCCAGCAGCUGAAGUGGAGGUGGGGGGCACGGCACCGCCUGUGGAACCCCAGCCCCUCUCCCUGGGCUCCCUGAGGGACAGCAAGCUGGGCGACGGGGCUGAAAGUCGGGGCUGUUCCCUCCUGGAGCAAGCAGAAACACCCAGGUGUCUCACGCUGUCCUUGGCACAAACUGACCCAGCCUUUGGGAAGAGAAACUUUGAGCCGAUGCUGACUGUGGAGCUGUGUGGGACAGCAGGUCUCACGCCGCCCACCACUCCGCCAUAUAAACCCGCUGAGGAGGACCUGUACAAGCCAGACAUCCCCCAGGAGCCAGGGAAGGAGGACGGGAUGGCCCCCAGCCCCGGGGACGCAGCAGCCUCCCAGAAAGCCCCCAAGAAGCACCCUGAGAGGACAGAGCUGUUCGCCCACCUGAGCCGAGCCGCCGGGCGCCCCGCGCUCCCUGAGCAGCAGGGUGUGCUCAAGCGGCCCUUCUCCCGCUCCUUCGGGGACCACGACUACUGCCAGGUGCUGAAGCCCGAGGCCGCCCUGCAGAGGAAGGUGCUCAAGUCGUGGGAGCCCCCGGGCCAGGUGGAGACGGAACACAAGAGGAGGGUCCCGGCCGCCCACUACCAGGGCCUGGAGCUCGGGGGCAAGGAGGCGGGCAGCGAGAUGCUGUGGAAGGAUGGUGUCAAGCAGCUGAGAGACCAGGAGAUCAGAGCCAGCUUAACAAAGCACUUUGGCUUUCUGGACAGUGCUCUCGAUGACGAUGACAUGGUCUUCUGCAAGACCCCUGAAUAUGACACUGUCUUUGAAGACAGCUGCAGCGAGAGCGGCUCCCCUCUGGAGGAGGAGGAGGAAGAAGAGGAGGAGGAGGAGCAUGGCAACACCAAGCUAUGCCUGCAGAGAAACGCCCUUUCCAGGACCAGUUUGCAUUACUGUUCCCGGAGCAGGUCCAGCUCGGGGUCUUCCUGCUGCCGGUCCCGAUCGCCUGCAAGCAGACGCGCCUUCAGGUGUGAGAACAGUGAGCAGUGUCAGGGCGAGAGCAGGCACCGGGGCCAUCUGGAGAAGAGACGGGAAAAGGCUGUUGGAGAAGGCAGGGUGGUGUACAUCAGGAACCUCUCCAGCAGCAUGAGCUCCAGCGAACUGAAGAAGCGCUUUGAAGUAUUUGGUGAAAUCGUGGAGUGUCAGGUCCUGUCCAGGACUAACAGAGGGGAUAAAUAUGGCCUCAUCACGUACCGGUAUUCAGAGCAUGCCGCCUUAUCUCUGAAGAAUGGCACCUCACUAAGGAAGAGGAAUGAGCCUUCGUUCCAGCUCAGCUCUGGUGGCCUCGGGCACUUCUUCUGGACCAGAUAUGCUAACUUGGAUUGCAGCGCGGAGGAGUCCUCCCCAGCUCCAGUGAAAAGCAAGUACGAGACCAUGGAUUUCGACAGCUUGCUGCAGGAGGCCCAGCUAAGCCUGCAUCGGUAACAGCCUUAACCUUGGAGGAAUACCUCAAUACCUCAGUCAAGGCACUUCCAAUAUGUUUACGUUUUCAAAGAAAUUAUUCAGUCUACGGAAAGCGAGAGAGAGCGAGAGAGAGCGAGAGCACGCACGCGCGAGAGAGAGAGACUGCCGUCCCUUUCGAGCGAUGUUUACAUUGAACAAAGCUGCUUCUGUCUGUGAGUCCCCAUGGUGUUGAUGUCUCACUGCCACACGUUUAGUCCCCCCGCUUCUGACUGGUUGUUUUAGGGUGAGCCUAGGAGCCCCCCGCCGGCCCCUCUCCCCCAUCCUGACCCCCCCUCCGGUGCUCCCGAUGUGGAGUUGCAGCUGUGUUCACCAUAACAUUUUUUUUGUCCGUAGUGUGUGAUGAUGAAAUUGUUAAUUGUGAAUAGAAUCAGGAUUAUAAACUAAUUUUUAAUAGAAGAAGAAGAGAAAAAACAAAAGUAUAUCCUUAAAAAAAAUGUAUUUAUGGCUCAGAUGUACUGUAAUUCAGAUUUAUUGUACCGCUUCCUUGAUUUUUAACUAUGCACUGUAAUGAGGCACUUGCCACUCAGCAAAUGGGGGGUCAGAGCAGAGUCACGGGGCCAGCACUCACCCGAGGGCUGCAGAGGCACCCACCUUCCCCUGGCAAACGGGGAAGCUCAGCAUCGCCCGCUUCGCUGUCAAAGCAAUUCUGCCUGCUGUUGUGGUCCCAGCCUGAGGGGUCACGGCACCUGUGGGCCAUGGGGCACACCAGCCCCGUGCCAUUAUCGCCGUGGGGCCAGGCAGCUUUGCAGGUGUGGAGGAGAGGGGUGGUAGAAGGAUGCAGUCCCCAGGGGGCUGUGGCACUGCCAGCCAGCACUGCUCCAGCCCUCUGCUGCCUUUGGAGCUGGGAGAGACCGGCUGGGAGGCCGGAGCAGGCCCAGCUUGGUCUGGUGGGCGCUGCUGGCACGGCCUGUGGGAUGGGCACCCCUGGGUCCCUGUGAGGGACCUGGCUUCUCUCCAGCUCCUGGGGCGGCUGGGAGACCAGCCAGGCCAAGCAGCUUGCUCGCCAUUCGCUCCCACCCCCUGCAAAGCAGGCAGCGUGAGGAGACCCAUCUGCCAUCCCUGCCUGGCAGCCAGCCCAAAAUCCAGAGAGGCAGGGAGGCUGAGGGGAGCGUGGUGUCUGCCUCACACAACACCCUGCCCGCUAUCUGAUAAGCCAUACCCUUCCACAGCACCCAGUUAGCACCCAGGACACACAUGCCUGCCAGCAUUGCCUGCUCUGCCCCUGGCCAGGAGCCCUUGGGGCUGCAGGGCAGUGCUGGAUUUAAGGCAUAUGCUCAAGCAGCACCCCCCUGAAAUUUGCUUGCAAACUUGCCCUUUAUCUCCAGGUGAGGUGUGAGAGGCAAAGAGCCCAGACCUGGUGAGCCCGCCAGCGCACUGCUUGCUGAGGGGGUGGGAAGCUCGCUGGUCCUCAAGCCAUCGCCAUCGUCCCCACUUAUUUUCCAGACCCAGAGACCACUAGGGAUUCAGCCAUCCUUUGUAGAUAGAAUAUUAUAGCCUUAACUCUGCCCAUAGAUUAGAGUCUCCCGGGGUCUGCCCUUGACAUGACUUAGGGGUUUUAUUCUCGUUUCCCUGGCGUGGGUGCCAGUUCAUCUUGCAGGGAGUAUGACCAAAGCCUCUGAAAUUGCACAAGACGUGACGCCAAGAGCCAGAGCCCUGCCGAGGUGACCCUCAGCUCCAGGGCCACGUGUGUGGUGGUCUCUGGUGGGAGCAGCAGUGUGGGCAGCACCGAUACCAGCACAGUUACCUGCCUCCUGCUGCCGGGGAAGCCGUGGUUCUGCCGACAGCCAGCCCGGCACCGCCAGGGCCCGCAGGCCGCUGCAGGGGCUGAGCUGUGGGUCCUCGACCGGCCACGGUCGCUGUCAGGGGACACCCUUGUGCCAUUUCAGUCUCAGCAGCAAUGUUUGGCGUCUCUCCCCCUACUUCUCACCCCACCUUAGCAAACAUGAGUAUCUCUGGCCGAGACUGAGCAUCUGCUAUUGGCAAUUGCCUCAUUGUAGCUUUGCCUUUUUCUGUCCUAGUAUUUCCUCACAACGAUGAUGUUUACAUGUGAUUGCUAUAGAGCUUAUGUAGAAUGUAUAUAGCGACACAUUUAGGGUGGGUAGUACUGUCCUGUGCUGUGCUGAUGUUUUUCAGAAAAUGAUCAAUCAAUCAAAACAAAAAAAACAACAAAAAAAAGCGCAAAGCAGGUGGAAUUCUUCCAUCUCCCACUCAGCCCGGGACACCGAGCCCCCGCGGCCCGGCCUGCCCGGGGAUGCAUCCAGCAUGGCAGAGGGGAGGGGUAGUGCAGAGCUGGGGGUGCUCCAGAGCCAGGGGAUCGCUCAGUCACCUCCCAAGCACUGGUUUUGGUGUACCCAGGAGGAAAACUUCGUGUAGUUUUCCUGCACUGGGUGCCUGGGUUGGCCUGCAGUCCCUGCCCGGGCCUGGCUCUGGGCAUCGAGGCCAGGGCUGGGGCAGGAGAGGGCUCACCCGGUGCAGAGCCCAUCAGUACUGCACCCACAGGGCAGGAAGAGAUGCAAUAAGUGGUCUUUGUGGUGCCUGAAGCCUAUAAGUGGGAUUGGGUGUGGUUUUUUUCCCUUUGGUUGGGUUUUGGGGUUUUUUUUUUGGGAUGGUUUUGUUUUCCUUCCUUCUCCAUAGAAUUUCUGCAGGACUGUGUGUGUGAGACACAGAGGCACGACUGUGCCAUUGUGGCAGCAGGGAGGAGCGAGGGGCAUGUGCUGCCUGCCCCAGGGCUUUCCCCUGACUUUUAGGACUAGGUGAGAGUGAAGGGUGUUGAGCUCAAGAAGCACAGAUUUAGAAUCCCUUCACGCAGGGUUUGUGGUGAGGAAUGAGUUUCCACUUGAUUUUUUUUCUUUUCUUUUAAAUAUUAAGGUGUCUUUAGCUCUCAGUACUCGAGUCUGCAAAGGGGCAGGAAGGAAGGCUCGGGCACAAGAGGCAGGUGAGAGCUCACUCGCUCCCUUGGCCUGUCACUAAUGAGGCAAUGAGGCAGGAGCAGAGCAAUGCCUGGGCACGGCGGAGUGCUGUGGGGUUGGGGCACGGGGAACACCCCUCAAGGAUCAGCUUUAAAUCCUGCCCCACCUGUGGCAUUGUGACCUCAGAGCUGGGCACCCCAAAAAGGGAACCCUUGCACACCAGCCCUGUGACACCCCAGGAAGUUGCCCCCUCUGCCUGCAAGGGCCAGGGCUGGGGUGGGUAGGAGCACUACAGAGAGGAGCUGGGAGCAAAAGGGUGUGUUAUGGCAGGCAGUAAGUAAAGAGGAGGUUUAUUUUUUGUUUUGAAUGUAUAACUAUAGAAUGUCAUUUCCUGCAGGUACUGUGGGGAAAUGCUGAAUGUGAAGAGUUUCAUGAGAAAAAUGCCUCUUUGCUUUGUUUUUUUUUGCACAGAUUUGCCUGAGAAAAACUGGUUGUUCAGGGUAGGGUACCAGGUUUCUGGCUGGAAUCCAGCAGGUCCCUGGGCCUCCGUGGGAAGGAGCAAAUGUUUCUGUGUGUCUGGGCAGAAUGCAGAGGACAAUCCUGGGUUUUAAGUUCAAUGCUGCCCCAAAGAAAAGGUUUCUCCCGAAUCCUACUCAGUGCAGCUGGCUGAGCUGCAUUUCUUCUUCAGUGAAGCAGCAGCUCAGUCACCACAUUAUAGUCUUGAGUGUCUGAUUUCAGCACUGGUCCAUGCAAAGGAGCGUUGCAAUUGCAGACCAGCACUUAACUGUUUUUUUCUUUUUCUCUUUUCCCCCCCCCCGUUUUAGUUCUUUUUACUUUCUUGGGGGAGGUGUGCUGAAUACUGAGGUACACCGCUCACAGUGGAGCCCUCACACCCUUUCUGUUCUAAGCGUUGUAAUCCGUCCCCGACAAUCUCAAGCAAUAUCGAGCCAAGCGCAGCCUUUGGGUUUCACCCUUCUUCCCUCACCCACCCUGGGGCUGAGGGCAGCAGUGACAAGCCUGGCCACGGUGCCCACUGGCCACGGUGCCCACUGGCCACGGCACUGAGCCCAGAGCCACGCUGCAGCAAAGAACAAGCUGGGGAAGGAGAGUGUGUAUACAUGUGAGAAAAAGAGAGAAACAUUACAUUGAUGCAUUUCUUGAGAAAGGUGUAAGAAUUUCACCUAAAAAGGGGCACAUCUGCAUUGUUAUUUAUAAACAACAAAAAAGCUAAAGUCUGUCUUUUCCCUUUUUGUUUUUUUAAGCAAAAGGACACUGCUGAUAAUUAUCAGGGGCCAAUUCUGCCUCCUUUACUCAUGCCGAGUAAGUACCACUUAACUCUGCAAUUUUCUACUUGCAGAGUAAGUAGCAGAAUUGAUCCCUCUGUGAUUAAGAAUCAAGUUUUUAGUCUGUUUGGUUUUGGGUUUUAUUUUGACUUGGUAGCGGUUUUUUAUAUUUCACUUAAUUUCUCCCCCUCCUCCCCUCCCAGUUCCGUUCCGUUGUGUCUUUAUUUAUGUAAUAUACUUUAACCUUCAGAGAUGGCAUGGAUUCUUAUGCCCUUCCUUUAUUAUUAUUGUUAUUAUUUUUUAAAGAAGAAGAGAUUUAUUUCUAGUGUGAUUUAACUGUCUACCUUCUAAAACGAGAGAACGUUUUCUUGUAUUUUUACAUUGUCAGAUUCUAUAGUUUCAUAGAUAAUUUAACCAAAUCGCUCAGUGUAUUAUCUAUAUCUAUCCAGUGGGUAUAAAAGUUCUAUUUUAAAUUGUGUAAAUACUUCAGAACUGGCUUCUUUUUCAGACUCCCCUGCUGUGGAGUUACUUGUUUACAUCAAAAAGACUGUAGAAUCUCUACGCUCAUGUACUGUAAAUAGUGAAGUGAUCUGCCUAUAA